AUGGCAUCACCUCCUAAGGACAUAGAGGUCGCUGCCCUUGGGAGACCAUUUGCUCUGGGGACGCUGUACGACUGCCGAACAGAUGCUCUCAUACCAGGUGUGACACUGUGGGAUCAUGAUGAAAAGAACCGUCCACGUCCAGAAUCACGUCCACAACCGUCUACUGAAUUUAAUAUCACCGCUUCAGACUCAAUUGAGGAGAAGUCAAAUUCACUAACUGUAUCUGGAUCUCUGAAAUUGAGUAUCUUAGGAGGACUGGUCAAUGUUGCAGGAUCUGCUAAAUAUUUCCAAGACACAAAGAAAUCUCAUAAACAAGAGCGACUCACUCUUCAUUACAAAACGACAACCAGAUAUGAAGAAUUAGCAAUGCCUGCUAAGGUAUCCCAUCCUUUUGAAGACAACUCAGCCACCCACGUUGUCACAGCCAUCUUGUACGGGGCCAGUGCUUACUUUUUGUUUGACCGAGAAUCAUCCUCCGACGAUGAGAAGAAACAAGUAAAGGUGGAUGCCAAACUCAUGAUGAGUAAAUUGAAAUACCUCACAGCAGGUCCGGACAUAAAGACAGAAGCAUUUUUUACCAUGGAUGAAAAAGAGAAAUCAGCAGUGGAACAAUUUAAUUGCACCUUCCAUGGAGACUUUCACCUACCCAGCAACCCGUCAACCUUCAUUGAGGCUGUGGAUGUUUACAGACAACUGCCAACACUCCUGGGAGAGAAUGAUAAAGAUGCUGUUCCAUUCAAGGUGUGGCUGUCCCCUCUGGUGAAACUGGACUCCAAAGCUGCAAGACUAGAAAGAGAAAUCAGCAACAAACUCAUCACAUACACAUCAGGAGUCAUAGAGGACUUAAACAAGAUAAAGAUGAGAUGCAAUGACCUGCUGAAAGACAGAGCAGCGACAACAUUCACUGUCGUGGAGGAGAAGAUUCAGACCUUCAUGCAGAACUGCCUUAAGUAUAAAUUGGAAUUUGUGCAGAAGCUAGGGUCAGAGCUUCCUUUGAUCCGAGGAGGGAAAGAGGAGAGUGCCCUUUCAGACAUCCUUAAGGCUCAUGAGAAAUCUCCUUUCAACAGCAAAGACCUGAAUCAGUGGCUAACGAUCAAGGGGAAAGAAUCAGACACAUUGAACUUAUUUCUGAAGCAAUUGCAGGAUGAACAUAAUGCAAAAGUUGAUGACAACUUAAAUGCUCAAUUGUCUGUUUCAGCUUUCCAAAAUGUUGUGGUGAGCUUUUCCUUCACCUCUCUGGGCAACCAAGAUAACUUCUUGAAUGAACUUACAAAUGUUCUCAAACCAGAAAUGAUGAGAACUGAUGAAAAAUCUAGUUCAGUGCAAACUAAAACCCCACGUUGGAACAACCGUUGUAAUAAAAUAAAAAAAACAGGAUGGAACUCUGAGGAUACCAUGAAAAGAAUGACAAAACAGUUGCAGCUAUUUGGAGAAUUGAAGAAACUGACCAGCAACAGUGACACCAAAUUCACUGUUGGUUCAAAAUACAAUGAGGAUUAUCCUGGAGCCUGCAUAGUCAUAUAUGAAGAUGGAAGUGAUGAGCCUGUUCCCUUCAUUCCUCCACCCAAACCUGACAAUCCAAAUACUUCUGAAGUUUCAUGCAAUGGAUUAACUGUCACAGUGUCUGAUCCAGGGUCUGCCACAGUAGAAUCCAAAGUGGAGUACAGAAUGAAACAGCAGAUUGAAUGGACAUCUGAGCCCGUGCAGAAGAAUGAGAAGACAGUAACUCUGCAGGAGCUUAAGCCAGACAGCAAGUAUGAGAUCAGAGUCACUGCUGUGAGUAAACUCGGCUUUUCUGUCUGCAGUGAUGUUGUCACUGCUAUGACUCUCAAAUCUAAAAUCAUUAAUCCACCAACCAAUGUGCAAGCAACUAAAGUGAAGACACACUCCAUCACCUUGAGCUGGUCAAGCCCAGAACGAUGUGAAGAUCUGAAGCAAUACAUCAUUGAGUAUAAAGAGGAAAACAGCAGUGAUUGGCAGAUGGAGGAAACUAAAAAGGUGAUGAAUACAUUUACUCUGAUGAACCUGAAAGAGAAUACUACCUACUACACAAAGGUGCGCACAGAUGUUGGUAAAGGUCUACUAAGUCCAAGUGGUGAAGAGCUAAUGAUGAAGACCAAUAAAGGACCAUUGGACACACAUAGGUUCACUCUCCUCUCAUCAGGUAACCCAUCAGUGUAUCUUCUUAAUAUAACAGACACCUCUGCAGAUCAGUUUAGUAAGAAAGUAUUUGGAGAAGCACCAUCCAAAAACCCUUUAAACAAAACCAUCAUGCUAGUUGGUGCCACUGGAUCUGGCAAAACAACCCUCAUCAAUGGCAUGAUCAACUACGUACUGGGAGUGGACUGGGAGGACAAGUGGAGAUUUAAACUGAUAAAUGAACAAACAAACAAGUCUCAAGCACACAGUCAGACCUCAGAUGUGACAGCCUAUCAGAUUUACCACACGGACGAGUUCCAAGUUCCGUAUUCGCUCACAAUCAUUGACACCCCAGGAUUUGGGGACACCAAAGGAAUCAAACAAGACAAAGAGAUUGUAGAGAAAAUGAGAGCGUUUUUCACAAAUAAGGAUGGCAUUGAUGCAAUUGAUGCAGUAUGUUUUGUAGUACAAUCUGCUUUAGCUCGUCUGACAGACAAACAGAAGUACAUCUUUGAAUCCAUUCUCUCCGUUUUUGGGAAGAACAUCACCAGCAACAUCAUUCCUCUGGUCACUUUUGCCGAUAGCAAAAGCCCACCUGUAUUGGAAGCCAUCAAAGAGGCCAACAUUCCAUGUGCACAGACAAAUGGGUCCCCUGUCCACUUCAAAUUUAACAACUCUGCCCUUUUUGCCAAUAAUACAGAAGAUGAUGAGUUUGAUUACAUGUUCUGGAGGAUGGGGACAGCCAGCAUGGACAAGUUCUUCGCUCAGCUAAACAAAAUGAAAGCCCAGAGUCUGACUCUGACAAAGGAAGUUCUUGAAGAGCGCAAAGAGCUUGGCACAACUGUUGAUGGAUUACAACCACUCAUCCAAAGGGGUUUGUCAACCAUGGAGGAAAUAACAAUGACGCAAGCUAUAUUGGACAAAAACAAGAUUCAAAUUGAAGCAAACAAGGACUUUCAUUAUGAAGUAGAAGUUGAAAAAUCUAAAAAGGUUGAUAUUCCAACAGGAACUUUUAUCACCAACUGCCAUGCAUGCAAUCACACCUGUCACUACCCGUGUCUGGUAAUUACUGAUGGUGAUAAAAAAUGCUGUGAUAUAAUGUCAGAUGAUGGACAAUGCAAUGUGUGUCCGGGGAAAUGUGCAUUGAGUUCUCAUUCCAACGUGACCUACAGAUGGGAGAUAAAGCGUGUGAGAGAGAGUAGGACAUAUCAGGAGCUGCAGAGUAGAUUUGAAGCAGCACUUGGAGAGAAGAUGAGUAAAGAGAAAAUGAUGAUACAGUUAGAACUGGAAAGUCAUCAAGUGCAGGGAAAGGUUAUAGAAAUGAUGGAAACUGUAACUACUUGUCUGCAACGUCUGAAAGAGAUCGCACUUAGGCCAGAUCCAUUGGCGAUUCUAGACUACAUUGACCUGAUGAUACAGUCAGAGAAACAGGAGGCCAAGCCUGGAUACAAGCAGCGCAUCAAAGCAUUAAAGGAAGUUAAAAAAAGUGCUGUUAUUUUGAAAAAAUCAGAGAAACAAGAGGCCAAGCCUGGAUAUCUGCAGUGCAUCAAAGAGUCAGGAGGGGGGCUGUUCUAA